AUGUCAAUCUUCACAGACUUUCUCGAUGAGAUUAUGGAAGUUUUUAUGGAUGAUUUCUCAGUAUGUGAGUUCAGUUUUGAAGACUGUCUAGCUAACCUUGAGAAAAUUCUUGAAAGAUGCAUGGAAACAAACCUUGUGCUAAACUGGGAAAAGAGUCACUUUAUGGUUACCGAAGGAAUAGUAUUGGGACAGAUAGUCUCCGAAAAGGGCAUUGAGGUUGAUAAAGCCAAAAUAGAGGUUAUAGAAAAUCUCAAACCACCUAAGACCAUUAGGAAAGUCCUUAGCUUUCUUGGACACGCCGUUUAUACAGAUCAUGCAGCUAUUCGAUACCUAAUAAUCAAGAAGGACGCUAAACCUAGGUUACUUGGAUGGGUCUUUUUACUGCAAGAGUUUGACCUGGAUAUUCGAGACAAGAAGGGCAUAGAAAAUGUAGUUGCUGACCACCUUUCUAGGCUUGAAUAUUUAAAACCAGACCUAGUGCCAAUAAAUGACGAUUUUACCUAUGAUAGACUCAUGGAAAAAAUCGAAACCAUUCAGGAUGAUAACUCUGAUUUUCCAAUGGAUUGGAACAUUGAAAGAACUCUAGCAGUGACCAACAUACCUUGGCCAGCUGACUUUGUUAAUUACCUAGCUGUUGAUACCAUACCCCCAGACCUUAACUACCAACAGAAGAAGAAAUUCUUUAGUGAUGUAAGGUAUUUUUAUUGGGACGAACCUCUCCUUUUCAAAGGAGGGACAACCGACAUAUUUCGUCGCUGUGUCCCUGAAGAAGAGGUAGGAAACAUCAUAAAACAUUGUCACUCCGCACCUUAUGGUGGACAUGCAGGCACAUCUAAAACAUGCGCUAAAAUUCUCCAAGACGACCUCUAUUGGCCAACAUUAUGGCGCGAUGUUCAUGCUUACAUUACCAGAUGGGAUCGGUGCCAACGCACAGGGAACGUCUCAAGGCGUGACGAAAUGCCAUUAAGAAAUAUCCAAGAAGUAGCAAUAUUCGAUGUUUGGGGGGUUGAUUUUAUGGGACCUUUUCCAUCAUCAAUGGGAAAUAAGUAUAUCUUAGUAGCUGUUGACUAUGUGUCUAAAUGGAUUGAAGCUAUAGCCUCACCUACAAAUGACACUCGAGUAGUGAUUAAAUUAUUCAAAAACAACAUAUUCCCUAGAUUUGGAGUACCACGCCUUGUUAUAAGUGACGGUGGAUCAUAUUUCAUAUCCAGAAUUUUUGAUAAACUUUUAGAUAAAUAUGGAGUUAAGCACAGAGUAGAAACACCAUAUCACCCGCAGACUAGUGGACAAGUGGAAGUGUCAAAUAGGGAGAUUACACAAAUCUUAGAGAAAACAGUUUCAAUAUCUAGAAAAGAUUGGUCUCAGAAGCUUAAAGAAGCAUUAUGGGCCUAUAGAACCGCUUAUAAAACCCCUAUAGGAACCACCCUGUCUCAUUACUCUCCGUAG